AUGGCAAUGGUAGAGGAAGCGCAAUUCUGGCAGGCCAUAGGAAUACUGAUUAAAAACUAUCAUGCCUUGAAUAAAAAGAUAUUCGAAGUGGUCAUUACCCGAGUGGAGAAGCUGGAGGAUGGACGACCGAGUGAAUCAACCGAAGACGAACUAUCCAAGGCCCUGAAAGAAGAUCCAAACAAUCGCACGUGCACUAGCAUUAAGAUUGGAUUUAAGCUACUGCCAAAAAAACUUCUGAAUAACAUAUUGGGCACUGGAACUGUGGACUUUGUGGAGCGCCGGUACGACUGCCAAUUUGCUAGUGAUGAUAUUGAAGACUUCUCGGUGCACUUGUUUGAGGGACAGUUUCAACUGAAGUCCAAACAGAACCCGAACUGGUUAGAGUUUGUUCUCAAACCGAAGCUUUUCAGCUGGUCCCAAUCCAAACAGGACGAAUCGAAGGUAAAGUCAUUGGGCUUGGUAAACGUGGAAAAGUACAAUGAUCUUUACAAGGAGUUGAAACAGAAGCAUUCCCAGCGUCUUCUUGAGUACUGGAAAACUGCUCAAGAGUCCACGGAUCCUUUGAAGUUUAUCUAUGAAGAUUUGGCCAUUGCCGCAUAUCUUAUUGUUCUUUGGAGUCAAACCCAAUCUGAACCCAAGGCUUUUGCAGACUUGGGUUGCGGGAACGGUCUUCUAGUACAUGUUCUCAAUGCCGAAGGCUACAAGGGCUAUGGCUACGAUAUAAGAAAGCGAAAGUUGUGGUCCCUUUAUCCAGCAGACACCCAACAGAGCCUCAUCGAAAAACCAGUGGAGCCCAACAGCUUUCGCUUAGAUUUUCCAGAUGUUGAUUGGUUAAUUGGCAAUCAUUCGGACGAGCUAUCCCCAUGGCUUCCGGUUUUGGCUGGCCGUUUAAACAUCAAAUACUUCCUACUGCCAUGUUGUCCUUAUGAACUUUCGGGUGCCAAGUUUCAUAGGCGAAAUACGAAGAUAAGUGCCUACCAGGAUUUCUUUCUAUAUGUGUCUCAGGUCUCUCAGGAAUGUGGUUUUGAGGUCCUACAUGACCGACUCAAAAUUCCAAGCACCAAGCGUUUGGCUCUUUUAGGAAUCAAGAGAAAUAACACAAAAACUAUUAAAGACUUGGAGUACUUCGUCCACGAGGAGUUAGCGAAGUAUAAAUCAGGAGAGUCCGAAAUUAAGUUACGUGAGAAGGAAGAAAUUGUUCGCAACUGCACGCAGGUGGACAAGUCUAUCAUUGAUGCUCUGGUGAUAAAGAUCUUUCAACAGCUAUUGGAUUCCCAUGAAGACAAAUGGUCAGGUCGACUGCCUAUGAGAGAGAUUGCCCAAAGUCUUACGAAGGAAGAACUAAGUGGCAUCAAAACCGAGUGUGGCGGCAUCAAAACUUUAUUAAGAAAUAAACACGAGGUGUUCGAGUUUUGUGGUGGUGAUAUCAUAGGAAUACGAACUCCUAAGCCAACAGCUCCUGCAAUCCAAUCCCGCCUUACCACCAAAAAACGUAGCUGUUUUUUCAAGCUACAUCACCCACUAGGAUGUCCUCUCAAGGAUGACGAGUGCUCUUUCAUACACUAACGCAACUUAUUUUGUGUGUGGUUCUUACUCACGUUUAUUAUUAUAGAUUAUAAUAUAAAAGAAAGUGCA